CUGCGGAGUGAUCAGUCAACAACACACAAACUAAAAAAUGCCUACUGGACAACAAAACAGGUUGUUAUAAAAAAGCUAGGCCGGAAAGAAGAUGAGCAUCUCGUAGCUUCUGAUUGCGAACUUGAUUCUAAACUCGAGCUAUUUAAAAUUGUUCAGAAAACCUGCCUUGAUCUCAGUCUAACCACCGAAAGAUACGAAGAAGUUAUUUGUCUCUUAUCUCAAUCAGAGAACGAGCUAGGACGCUUUUUAAAAUAUAGAGGUAACGAGGAUAAAACACAAGCAGGCAAAAUUAUGGCUGCUGUAGGCAAAAGCUUAAUAUACUCUUCGCAACAGAGGCUUGCUCUAAGAGCUCCUCUUUCACGUUUGCAUAACGAAAUAGAGACAUUCAGAAAUAGGGCGGUUGCUGAUUCGAAUGUUACUAUUCAAAGAAUGGAAAGUUCAAGGACAGACUAUCGUGGUGCCCUUCUUUGGAUGAAAAAUGUCAGUGAAGAAUUGGAUCCUGAUGCCCUCAAACAAUUAGAUAGAUUUAGAAGGGUUCAAGCGCAGCAUUAUUAUUAA